AAGAAGAAGAGCACCUCCCGUCCGCCAGGCGGCAGCACCGCGGGAGAGGAAGCGCCAGCAGCGUUAGCUCCAAGCGGCUAAAGCGCUCCGUGUCACCGCCUCGCCCUGGAGAUUUGACGGUCCUGGGACGAGUUUACAACACACCACCGGGCUAUUUGGGUAAACCUGGUUAUAGUUCAGGGUCUAAUCAUUUGUAAUCUUCAGCCAAACGGCGUUCAAGCCUCUAAAUGCUGAUGACUGUGUCAGAUUAGCUGAGGCUGCGACAGCAGCUGCGUUUCUGAUCUCCAGGUUUCAACAACCUUAACAUCUCUGGGAAUCACGAGAAUCGAAUGGUUAAAGCCUUCCGACUCUGUCUUUGUAAUCAAGUUCCUUAAACCGAGUUAAUUUCGACCGACUUCCGUGUUAAUGACGGCUAAUUUUUAACUUUAGAGGUCUUAACUUGGUCUUCUUUUUGUAAACAGGACAAUGAUAAAACAAUAACAAGAGCAACACAGUGAGUAGAACAUUACUAUAUACAGUACAGGUAUAGACACAAAUCAGGGAAAACCAUUAAUAAUAACAAGGAAAAAAAAAGGAGCACAAUAUCAGAGUCUCUUGAGAAAGGAAACAUAAACUGAAAGAAGAGUUGUGCUCCGUCUUCACAUCAAAUCCUGUUUACAUUAUUUUUCCAUUUUUAUAGUGAGCUUUUACCCACUCCCCCCACCCUAGGUAUGUUGAGCCACAAAUAAUAAAAUUACUAAGUUAAUAAAAAUGAAAACAUAGGUUAAUAAAGGGGAAAAAAGUGAAUAAGUAAACUGGUUAAAUAAUAAUUUAAAAAAAAAACAACCUCAGAACAACAAGAGGAACAACUAACUCAGUGUUUUGUGAUGGCUGCUGGCUUUAUUCCUGCCAGUGGGCAGGAUGUGUUUAGCGUGGGGCCGUAUCAGACCCCGCUGCCUGAAUCAAGCAGCAAAGUCAGUGGAGAAGAGGCCAGGCGGUUUUAUGAAGGCUUGGUGAAAGAUACCGAAGGACAAAAUGUGUCGAGGCAUGAGAUCACCCAGCGACAAGGUGGGAUAAGACAGAAAAGAGGAGAGUCUGGGAGGAGGAUGAGGAGAAGCCGGCCUGUGGGAGUCCAGCAGCAGCUUGAAUCUGCGGUGCAGAGAGAGGUUUCCAGUGGAAGUGAAGGCGACCAGAGAGGGGAGCCGAGCAGCUUGGAGAGGGGCCAGGAGCUGCAGGGGCUCCGGCUGCUGAGGUGUGCCCAUGAGGGGGACGUGUCUGCACUCAAGGACCUGCUCUCAAAGGGGGUCGACAUAAACUUCCAGGAUACAUAUUUUUGGACAGCUGUGAUGUGUGCAAGCUGGUCAGGACAACGAUCUGCAGUGAGACUGCUGCUGAGACAUGGAGCAGCCUGGGUGGGAGUGGUGGACACGCGGGGCAGGGAUGCCCAGGACCUUGCACUGGAAGCAGGCCACACUGAAGUGUUGGAAGAGCUUUUGAACUAUGGGAGAAGGCCACAGAGAGAAAUGCAGCGUGAUGACAGUGUCGUCCAGACUCAGUGGUGUGACGUGUGUUCCAGCAAGUACAGGUGCAGCCCCUCAUCACAUCUGUCCUCUACACUGCAUCAGUUCAGUGUGCGUCAUCCACCGCCCACCCCCUACUACUGCCUCCCCCCCUCCAGCAACAGCUACAAGAUGAUGGUUCGGUGCGGCUGGAAACCAGGCAGCGGACUGGGGCCCGAGGGAGAAGGGCCUCAACAGCCAGUGCCUACGGUCUUGAAGAGAGACCAGGAAGGUCUGGGCUACGGACAGACAAAAAGAGCUAAAAUUACUCAUUUCCAAGCCGGAGACCAUGAUGCUGUUAAACUGGCGAGGGAGAAAAGGGAGAUGGGGAAGAAAGGACAGAGGAAGGAAGAAACUAAGAGAAGAGAACAAAAAGAUAAAACCUGGGAAAGAGAUUUCCGGGCAUCUUUUUAUCUCUGACACUUGUUUGCCGAACAUUUUGACAGAUUGACUGAAGUUGAUCGUUUUCCACCGUGCCUUCACUUUACUUCAGACUUCCUAACUCCUGCCCUUUAUGGAAUCAGUCAUACUCCUGUCUACUUGUGCAAUAAACAAAUGUGGCAUGUGCGUCAAAAAA